AUGAAUUACUUGCUUUUUUCUUUGCUGAUAUUAACAAUCUUCAUUUCAACUUUACAAGCUCUUGCUUGUUACAAACAUCAUGAUCAAUGUGCAUAUAAACCAUCAUGUCUUGUUGAUGCAAAUCGAAAGAAUUGUUCAAGUCCAGAAGAAACAUAUUGUUAUAAAGAUGAUAUUAUUUUUGGUAUGGCAAUACGAGGUUGUGCUGAACCUGAAUUCUGUAAUGCAACAAUUCCAAUUGGUACUCGACAUUGUUGUAAUACAAAUUAUUGCAAUCAUGCCAUGAAAGGAAUACAUAUAACUUGGAUUAUGACUAUAAUCAUGCCUAUGACAAUUAUGAAAUUUACUGAGAGUAAUUGGUUUGUUCGAGUUUAUGAUCAAGCAUGUCAUCGAGAUACAUUUGAUGAAUUAAAUCAAACUCUUUAUUCAUGUGCCACAGAUUUAAAUUUAGCCUUAACUGUACAAAAUCAUUUCAAGGGUAAACAAGAUGAAAUCGAUAGACAUGCUGAUCGAGAAUUUUUAUCAAAGAACUUCGACAAGAUCAUUCGUUUACAAAGUGAAUAUUCACAGCAGCACAAAGCUCAACUAGGCAAUAUUGAGCGUAUGUUCCAAUCAUUGGUUGAUAAUAACAAACAGAAUCUUGAGGCACUAAUGGACGAUUACAAACGACAACAAAUGCGUGAAGAAGAGAAACUCUUCAUUCAUGUUCAAUACAGUCAAGUUAUACUUCAACAAUUGAUUGUCAGUGCCAGUUCUGGUAACGUGUACAAAGGACGAUGGAGCAAUUCGAAAGUUGUUGUCAAAGAAUUGAAGAUUUCUGCUAUGAAAGGACAAGAACGAGAAGAAUUUGUCAAAGCCGUAGCGAUUCUCACGCGUAUUCGUCAUGAAAAUAUUGUGCAACAUCUCGGUGCUUGUAUCGAAGAACCGGAUCGUUAUCUUGUUCUUAGCGAAUUGAUGCCUUUGGGAUCCUUGAAUGCCAUUUUACGAAACAAAGAAUUAGAAUUCACUUGGACCGAUCGUUGGUCUAUUGCUAAACAAAUCACCAAUGCUAUUCUCGAUCUUCAUACGUAUUGUUCACCGCCGAUUAUUCAUAAAGAUAUCAAAUCGUCAAAUAUUCUUCUAGAUUAUUAUGGGGGUGAUCGACGAAAAUAUCGAGCGAAAGUAAACGAUUUUGGAUUAGAUCAGAUUCAUGGUAACGUUGGAACUUUAGCUUGGUCUGCACCGGAAACUUU